AUGGAUUCGGCGUCAUAUUCACAAAUAUUCAAUACUUCUUGGACUUUACACCGUCUCUCACCCUUGCACCACAAGAAAGAUUGCGAGAGUCUACUAAACAACCAAACCGCUUUGAAUACAUACGCAACGAGAUUACGCGAUCAACUGACAGGCGAUGUCCUAGCUGGUCUCCAUGCCACCGCCAGCGCAGUAGAUGACGACGCGUUGUCCAAAACAGGAGCACUCAAAGAAUGCAGAUGGCAAUCCAUCUCGGGUUCAUCCCAACGCGACCUAUCAAACAGACGCGACGCCAACACUUCCUUUCCCGGAAUCUUGGUGACACUAGAAUAUGAGAACAUAGUCUACAAAGCUGUUCUCCUCUCAGAGCAAGAGUCCAAUAUGCAACGGGAUACUUCGCGUGAAGGAUCAACGUUUCUUCCGUUAUUGUUGACGAAAUGUCCAAACGCGCUGCGACAAACAUUCAUUUCAUUUUUGUCGACCAAUUUCGAUGCCUACUGUGCUCCCCUCCGUCUUCCAUCCUCUUUUCUCUGUAAAGGUCUGGAAAAUUUCGUGGACAAGCUACGUACGGGGUUGGGAGGCUCAGCUGCGGAUGAGAUUGUAGAAGAGGUGAUCAGGGAGCUGCAACUCACAUUGGCGUUUUCGGCAGUGGUUGCGCCGGCAUUGCGAACGCUUAAUGUCAGUAUCUCGCGAGCUUCCUUGACUGGAUUCUUGCGCCAUGAAAACAGUACCUCGAAACGUACUUUGAAGCAGAAAUUGAGCAGUCCUUUGAUUGCAAAUCUCAGUGCUUAUCUGGAGACACAUUUGGCAAUGCAGCUUGAUUUGACAGGAUCAUCGAAGAGCAAUGCUGCCAAACAACAUGUUCGAUUGUCGAAGGCUUCAUGUGCGGUUUUUGUGUUGGGAGGCGAAGGACGCAUGAAACUAGUUGCUGAUGUUGCUCGGGCAGAGGGUCAGGAUGAGGAUGAUGCCCCGUCAAAAGAGCGGUUGGUCCUUCAUGCUAGCGAAACUCUUUUACGGGCCGUCAUUAGCAAGGCUGUCAUUGGGGAUCAAACCGCUACAUGA